UGUACCAUCUGUUGACUACUCCCCUAGAUCUAUACGAGGGAUGUACGGCGUGUUGACUUACGGCUGAUUUCUCCGCCUGUGGUAAAUAUAAAUCCCAUCAAGUCCCCGUGACAGGUGUAACGUGGGUCCAGUGAUCGAGGAGAGUCCAUCCGACACUCACGUAGUCAGCAUCCCCUCCCGGUCGUCAUGGAGACCAUGCGCUACUUCGCCCUCCUCUUCGUCCUCCUGUUUGUACCAUUUGUCCUUGGAAGCGACUCUGUUGAGACGGAUCCGGGUGAAAAUGCCUCAACUUGUAAAGGGAAAGACGGUGAAAUCCUUUUGGAUAACAAACGUAAUUUGGUUCGAUGUCUGAAAUGUGACAACGUAGCCGCUAAUGUAGACCAUAGUACCGACAUGGUGUGUAACUGUCCUGAAGGGAGAAUGUGUAAAGCCCAGGAAAAAGAAGGGACGUCCACCGUCACGUUCGAGUAUUACUGCACGAAAAAGAAUCUGGACAUAUCCAUGUUUAACAGUGGACUGAACCUUGAUAAUAAUGAACAACAACAGCCAGCGACAGAAAGCGGCAGGUAGUGGACAUCCGGGCAACUUGACUUCCGGGCCCCUAAACAAGGCAGAUGUCAUCAUAAAACGCUUCAUGUUGAAAAUCUUGAAAUUUUCUCAGCAUAUAUUCGUUUAUUUUUUUGUGUGAUUAUAAAGCAUUAUCAUUCGUGAUAAAAUGGAUUCUGACCAAAAUUUGCAAAUCAA